UCGCUCCAUCUCUUUGUCUAGUAUUUGCUGAGCGAGUGGGUGAUAGGGAACAUUUGUUCAAACUCCCCGUAACAAGGAUAUGGCUUACCCCUACUACUCUCCACCACCACCUUCACCUCCUCUACCAUGCGCUCCACCACCACCACCACCACCACCUCCUCCUCCUCCUCUGCCAUGUAACCCCGUAAGCUCACCACCACCACCAUCCCCCCAUCACCACCACCACCAUCACCAUCCAAAAGCACCACCGAAACAUAACCAAGUCUAUCCUCCUCCACCACCGUCACCAACACCACCACCGCCUCACCACCACCAUGACUAUCCGAAGCCACCACCUCAGUCACCUCCUCCCCCAUCCCAUCAUCACCAUGUUUACCCUAAGCCGCCACCACCAUCACCGUCUCCACCGCCACCACAUCACCAUGACUAUCCAAAAGCUCCACCACCUGAGCACCACCAUGACCAUCCUAAACCACCAUCUCCUUCUCCACCACCACCACACCACCAUGAUUAUCCUAAACCACCAUGUUCUUCUCCUCCACCACCACACCACCAUGACUACCCUAAACCACCAUCUCCUUCUCCUCCGCCACCACACCACCAUUACUAUCCUAGGCCACCAUCUCCUUCUCCUCCACCACCACAUCACCAUGACUAUCCUAAACCUCCAACUUAUUCACCACCUCAUGCACUACCACCCUCAGUUCCAGCACAGCCCCCAACGAAGCAUGUGGCACCACCACCUCACUCACAUGUCUAUCCACCAAAGCCUUCUUGUGGUGCUCCACCACCUGAACAUGUACAUCCACCAAAGCCCAGCCAACCUCCAGUACUCCCUCCGAAGCCAUGCCCACCAAAAGCAUCACCACCAAAGCCGUACCCGCCAAAAGCAUCGCCACCAAAACCUUCUUAUGGUGCUUCACCACCUGAACAUGUACAUCCACCAAAGCCUUCUUACGGUGCUCCACCACCUGAACACGUACACCCACCAAAGCCCAGCCAACCUCCAGUACACCCUCCGAAGCCAUACCCACCAAAAGCAUCACCACCAAAGCCGUACCCGCCAAAAGCAUCGCCACCAAAGCCCGGCCAACCUCCAGUACACCCUCCGAUGCCAUACCCACCAAAGGCAUCACCACCAAAACCAUACCCGCCAAAAGCAUCGCCACCAAAGCCCAGCCAACCUCCAGUACACCCUCCGAAGCCAUACCCACCAAAAGCAUCACCACCAAAGCCAUACCCGCCAAAAGCAUCACCGCCAAAGACUAGUCAGCCUCCUGUAGUACAACCCCCAAAGCCGUACCCACCAAAAGCAUCUCCACCAAAGCCAUACCCUCCCAAAUCGUCACCACCAAAAGGUAGUCGCCCACCAAAGGCGGCGCCACCAAAACCACCAAAGGGCGCGACACCACCUGCAUUCCCUCCUGGUUAUUACAUUCCACCUACUUAUUACGGCAACCCUCCUCCUCCUAACGCUGUACCACCGUCAUUCGAAAUCGUUGCACCGCCUCCUGGGAAAAACCACACCACCGUUAUCGCCGUGUGCGUUUCCCUGGGUGGUGCAUUCUUCCUUGCGUUCCUCUUGGUCGGUCUCUUUUGUUUUGCCAAGAAGAAGAAGAAAGUGAUGGUUCCUGCACCUAUUCCUUGUGUUGAGGAAGAAGAAGAAAUUGUCCAAGUAGCAGCAGUUGGAGGAGGAGGAUAUGGCGCGGAGCCAACUCCAGUUGCAGUUCCCAUAGAGCAACAUGGAUAUGGUGGUGGUGGUGCAGCUGAGAUCGGACCUUCUUAUGCUCCUCCUAGUCAUCGUCCAAGUUGCUAAUAAAGCCACGUCAUUUUCGGUUGCAUUCUUCUAAGUUGGUGUGACUGCAUUAUCCUUUAGGCAUCAAAGAAGAAAAAUACAGUGGCCAGCUAAUAAAGAGCUCGGGUUGUACUAUGAAGGGAAAGCCCAAAUGUGUUCGUGAUGUAAAGUACUUUUGUGAAUUAUAAUAAGAAUGUUCAUCAAUUAUCACGGCGA